AGGGAGGAGGGAGCACAUGGAAGAUCGCUACUCUGCUGCUGAUAACCUACGCGGACAACAAAAACUGCCAUUUUUUGGAAUUUUUGAUGGGCACGGUGGUGCAAAGGCUGCCAAAUUUGUGGCAAAUAACUUAGAAAAGAAUGUGUUAGAUGAAGUGAUUCUUACCGAAGAAGAUAGCAUUAAGGAGGCUGUGAAGCACGGUUAUGUCAAGACUGAUUCUGCUUUCUUGAAAACUGUGGUAGUGCUCCGCUGCUGCUAGGUAGUGCUGAACUGCUAGUGCUUUGCCUGUCCUGUGGUGGCGCUGCUCCUCUUAUUCUUCCCAUGCUCCUUUCUUCUCAACGCUGCUCUUCUUCUUCUCAAACCUUCUAUAAUUUAUUUAUAUCUUCUAGGCAUGCUUUUGUGAUAAUGUAUUGACUUGUAUAUUUAACCUCUCAAACCAUAAGUUUCAAUAAUUUUAAAAUAGAAGAAAAUCUUAGCUAUAUAUGUAAACUGAAAUAAAAUAAUAAGGACCAGGUGAACUAAAAAAUUACAUGUAUAUAUUCAGGUAUGAUUUGAGUUGGACUAUUGUAAUAUCUAUCAGGAUCGGCCACAAGCACGAUCAGUUUUUAAAAUCUCUGUCCAAAUAUGGCCAGGAGAGAACUUAGGAAACUGAAGAUGGUAAGUUUCUCUAACUAUGUUCUUAUGUUGUACAUGAAACAUGUGAUAGAUGCAAAAUAAAGCUUGUAGUGAACAACAAAAGGGAAUAUCAAAUUCCUAUGGGCAUCAUCUGAAUGUCAAGCAUCAUUUCUGUACUCCCUGGUCUUUUAGUUCCUCUUAUUGGUGGUUUUUUUAAUGGCUAAAAAUGAAAUAGUUAAGCUUCUUAUAUUUUUUCCCCUACUCUAGGAGUUUGUUUUAAACAUGUCAUAAAUGUAGAAUCAUGUAAUAUUUGCUAAGGUGAAACUUUCAGCACUUUUAACAUGACUACUUUGAGCAUUGACUUCUCAACUAUUAUGUAGAACUCUAUUCUGUUUGAAACAAAUAAUUUAUUAUUAAGUGAUCAGUAAGAUGCUGGAACCAGUUCAAUUUUGUGUUGGCACUUCGUCUCUAGUAGUACCAGGGACAGGUGCGCUGAUUUUAGACAUCUCAGUUAGUAGUUGAGCUAAUUUUUGUAUGUGAAGUGUCUAACAUCUUACUUAAAUCAAUGGAAUAUGUUUUUGUUAUAUUUUCUCUAAUGCAGCUGGAUAUAGAAGUCAGGGUGAAGUACAGGUCAACAAUGCUCGGCCUAACAUACUUCAGAUGCAGCCCUUACCAUAUAAUAUUAGAAAAGGAGAACUUCUGUUAUUUGAAAUCAUGAAUUAUUUCUUGUUCUCUGUCUUUUCCUUUAAAGAUGUAUUGUUUCAUCUUUAUUACAUAAUUCUAACAAUAAAGCACAUUCUUUUUAUGGGUUGAGUUUUCGGAAUGGAGUUUUGAUUCUUUUGUGUUCCUAUUAAAAAAAGAUCUUAAAGUACUUGUUUCUUUCUAACUCCUUAAUUGUUUUGUGGCCAUUGUUAUUGAACAGAUUGCAAUCUGAACUGAUGGCGCUAAUGGUAAGAAGCUUAUAUGCCCACUACAUAUAUAUGAUCUUUCUCUUGUAUUUGGAAAAAGAUUACUGAUUAUUGAAGCUUUGUGUUCAUGGGAAUUUUAGAUGAGCAGAGAUUCAGGUAUAUCUGCUUUUCCUGAGGAAGACAACAUAUUUUGCUGGAAAAGGACAAUAACAGGAAGUAAAGACCUGUGUUUGAAGGAAUUGACUACAAGUUGUCACUUUCGUUUCCCAAUAAUUACUCUUUUAAGGCUCCAAAGUCAAAUUUGAAAGCACCUGCUUCCUUCCAAAUGUAGAUGUUCAUGGUAAUAUAUGCUUGGACAUUCUUCAGGUAGUAAUUAUGUGAAGAUUCCUGUCCUUUCUUAUUUGAUCAACACAAAAUACAAAGCUUGGGUAUGACAGAACAAUUCUUUGUGUCCUCAGCAAACAUCUGUGUCUUAACUAGUUUAGAUUGUGUGCAGAAGAUGUGUGUACAAACACAAUAUUGAAUAUAUUUCUUGUUGGAACAACAUUAACAUUUACUUUCUUGUAAAGGGCAUUUUUUGAAGUGGGAAGAUUGUUCUUAUAUUCUAGACUGGAUAAGGGAGACCCAAAGGUGAAGUAAAUGGAGCUUCUCUUUCGGGAUUCAUCAUCAAUUAGCCACAAAUUGGAUAGUUUUAGUGAUCUCCUAAGUUCUAAUGAUAAGCUUAUUUUGUCCUAAUUCAAUUAUCAGUUGUUAAAGAAUUGUAAUUUUUUAAUUAUAAUUAUAGCAUGUAAAUAGAUAGAAAUUUCAUAUUAUUAAGCUGCCUCAAUCAUAUGAUUACUAUUUUUACUAUCUUAUGUUUUUUCUUUUCUUUUUUUAUGACAUUUAUAUUCAGUAAGGUUCAUUAUAUUCCAUGAUUGUCACAAACUUACAAAAGAAAAAGACCCCAACCCUCUCUGUGUGGAUGCUACUUAUGUUUCUGUGUGUGUAGUUUGUGAAGUGCAUCAUUUAUGUGUGUGAAUUUGUGUGAUGAAAUAACAAUAAGUUGUACC